UUUUUUUUUUAGAUUUCUUUUUAGCCAAGUUAGGGUUUGUUCGUGUCAAAAAAAAAAAGUCGAAUUUUGUUCUUGUUUAGAGUUCUUUACAGCCCAAGUUAGGGUUUAUUAGUGUCAAAAAAAAAUUGUUUUGAUCAUGUCCGAGAAGGCCGGUUAUAAAGAAGAAAGAAUUGAGCAGCGUAGGAUGUCGUCAAUGGCAAAACGAUUCCAGGAACUCCAAGAUCGGAUGGAAGGAAUUGUUACCCAACUAAAGGAACUAAACAAAGAUCAACAUGUUCGAGGGCCAUACCUACGACGUGAUGUUCACCAACCGGUUCUACCUCAUCGUGAUAACGAGGUUUAUGGUGUGACUGCAGCAACACCAAGAGAUGUUUAUUUGCGGCGAGGGGCUCAGUUCGAUCGACCAAGACGAGGUUAUUCCGAUUAUUACGAGCGAGAGUUAGAUGAUUAUCCUAGAUCAAGUAAGUACUCAGUUCAUUCAUCCUAUGCUACUGAGUUAAAAGAAAGGAGAUGGUCGAGUCGAAAAUCACGGUGGAACUCUUCAUCAAACCGACAUAGGGAAUCAAUACCGAGAGAGGCCACGUUCGAUCCUCCAUAUGAGACUAAAGAAAGAGGUUAUUAUUCUUCUCAAUCUCGUUUCAUUCAUGAUACUAAAUGUUUUUGGUGUUUGGGUUUUGGUCAUGUCGCUUCAGAUUGUUUGGAUAAGCCAUUCAUGAAAUUGCGGUCGAACUACGAGGAAUUGAAGAGAAAGGGUGAUUCUUUAUCGUCACUUGGAAAGGAAGAUACUCGUCAAGCUUUUGAGAAUCAGAACAUUGUAGUCGAUUUAGCAAGUGAUAAACCGCUGAUUGAGGAAAAGUUAAGUGAGAAUGUUGAGGUCGAGUCCAAGGGAGAAGAAAAUUGCAAAUCCGCGCCACCGCUUAAAGAAGAAAUUGAAGGUUCGGAUUCGAGGACGAAUCCUUUUGAAGAGGUGGAGAAUGAUAUGAGCCAGCCAUGCAUCGAAGUUAAUGCCGAGCUAAGCAAAGUAUAA